ACGGAUAGGACUGCGCUGAUAUUGACUUACUCCUGUGAUAUAAGCGAUGGAAAUAGUCAAUAGAAUAACAAUACCUUUGUGAAGUAAUUAAUACUUAUUGCGGAUUGCAUUGUUUUGAUUCAUUUCGUAUUUAAAAAUCAUGUAAUAGGAAUAAAUUAAAAUCUAGGAAAAACUUAAAAAAUAGGCGAAACAACAGCUGGAAUAUGCAUAACAUUUAUCUCCGAUGUAAUGAACAUGGGCACGUUUUCUGAUUCUUACACGAGAUAAAAUAAAAAUGUUCUUUUUUACAAUAAAUGAAAAUUAAUAAAGCUUGUAUUUUAGUCAAACAGUGUCACAAUAUAAGAUAUGAUGGAGUAUUAUAAUGACAAUUUCUCCUAUGACUAUUACGCGAUUUUGAACCAGUCUGGCGGGGUUCUAGACUAUGAAAACUUUCUUUACUUCGGCAAAAUCAAGAAACUUCCCAUGUAUGAAGUUGUCUUGAAAGCGUACAUCUACGCUAUGAUCAUAUUCUUUUCCCUCGUCGGCAACACGUUAAUUAUAGUUGUUGUUCUUCGUCAUCGGCAAAUGAGGACAACCACAAACUUCUACAUCGUGAACCUGGCGGUUGCCGACAUCCUUGUGACCGUGUUCUGUACCUGGGUUCACCUGGUUAACAACCUCAACAGCAACAACUGGGUCCUUGGACGAUUCUUUUGCAAGUUCAAUACAUUCUCACAAGUGUUAUGCCUGACCGCAAGCGUCCUGUCCUUGACCCUCAUCGCGUACGACCGGUUCUUCGGGAUAGUGUUCGCACUGAAGGCCCACAUGUCACACCGGAAGGCCAGGUUCUCCAUAGCAAUCAUUUGGAUAUGCUCGUUUGCUAUCGCUGCACCCCUCCUGUGGUUCCGGGAGCUCAAGGUGCGGGAGUGGAAGGACUACACGGAGAGAUGGUGCGAUGACUCCUGGCCUAUAGAGAUGAAGACCGUGGAGGGCACGAACACAACUAUAGAAUACAUGCCUGCCCGAACUGUGUACUUCACCUUCGUGUCAGGGGUGCUCUAUUUCUUCCCGAUAUUGGUGAUGACCUUGGCGUACUCUGUUAUCAUCCUGAAACUUCAGUCGAGCACAAUUCCGGGAGAACGAGUUGAUUCCGGAUAUGCCGCUCAACAAAAGACAAGACGCAAGGUCAUUGCGAUGUUGGUGACUAUCAUGGCGGUAUUCGCUAUCUGCUGGCUCCCGUACCAAAUCGUACUAUUAUACAGCGAGCUGAGAACAAACAGGGAAACGCUGGGAGAAUGGUACUUUACCAUGCAGUUCUUAGCGGGCUGCUUCGCGUAUUCCAAUAGUGCUCUAAAUCCUCUGAUCUAUGCUGGAUUCAACAAGAACUUUAAACAAGCUAUAGUCAAUACGAAGGCAGAUUUCAACCAGUGGGGAAAACAGAGCAUGAACACAAUAGCAUCGCCACUGCGUCGUAUGACCUUGCCUUUCUUGGGACUCUCGCCAAACAGCAAUGAAUCACGCCUAACGACAUCCAGCGCGCGCAGUUCGCCAAGUAGGAGCGUGCUCAUACUGAAAGGCGGCUCAACGGCGCGCGGACGCACUCGCCGUGGACUGUCAGUCGAUUUUUCUCCUCAGAUGGCAUUUUUCUAUAACAACCCAAGAAGACAAUCAACGGUAUCUCCUACAGCGACUAGAGAGUCUGGGAAUGCCAACUUGCAAUACAGACAAACAAUACGCUCCUGGCAGCCAAAAUAUGUUGAAAGUGACCAUUGUGAAAAUGAACUUUCACCGUCGCCACUGUUCCGAUGUAAAACACAGAGGAGAUAUAAAGACGUCAUUAUUGAAGAUGAAACACAGCUCCAGCCCUUGAGACGAAAUUCAAUUAACACACUUCCUCUUAGGAACACCAGCAUGUAAACGCCUUGAAAUGUCUUAAUUGAUUUUUGUCUGCAUGGUAUUUGGACCACGAUGAGUUGCCGGAGGUUGCCGCCGGCGUUUGACCCAAAGACGUACGGCACCUAUCAUUCCUCAACAUUUGCCACUGCUCUAUGACGCCUUAUUGGUUACGUGUCGUGCUAUAAUAACCGCACGUGCACGUACUCCACGAGCGACCUUCACCUCACCGACGAGCGGAAACUCGAGGAUAACGAGAACAUUUUGCUGACUCGUGCUACUCGAGUGCAGAUGUGUAGCCGCGGUUCUGCGCCACAGCAGAGAAAUGACGAGACUGUACUCUAGAUUAUAUGUGAUGUUGUAAUGUGAUAACUUUUAAGGCAUCCUGGCAAUCAGAAUGAGUGACACCAGCCCAUAGUGUAUGCAUUGGAUAUUGCCGAGUGGUCUAGAUUGUCUGCAAUGAAUAUGCAUUUACCUCAUUAGGACUUGAAUAAUUAUUCCACCAUUUUUCACACCAUUAAUUUGAAAGAGUUAAUGAACGGAAUGAAAAAUACGGGGACAGAUGACGACGAACGUUCAUCACUCGAUAUAUCUUCGACGUGAUCACUAUGAAUGUAUGAAUGUUCUUUUCGUUGUGAAAAUCAUUACCGAGAAAAAGACAGUAUUGUUUGCACAGCAUGUACAUACACCCUUAAUUUGUUCAGUGUAUAUAUAAUGUGUUGUUACAAUAUAUGGUGAAGUUAAAAUAACGUGGAUGUAUGAACAAGUAAAAACAAUAAAAUCGACAAAGAAG